AUGGUUGCGCAGUCGCUAAGCUCGCUAUUGCAGCAGGCAUCGAUUGACGAUCACGAAGAGGUCCUCCAGUCCUGCAAUGCAGCUCUCACCAAGUCCAAAUCCGACCUGAACACCCAACAUAUCAAAGUUAUUGCACUAUUGAAGCUCGACCGAUACGAAGAUGCUCUGCGUGUGUUGGAGGCCGGAGGCGAUGCUCUUAAGAAGCAAGCCGGCCUGGAACAUGCGUAUGCGCUCUACAAAUGCGCUAGGCUGGAGGAGGCAAUGGCUGCUGUGACCCAGGCCAGUGCCAGCAGAGGUGCUAGUCACCUCGAGGCUCAAGUGAGCUACCGCGCUGAGAAAUUCCGUCGCGCCGCCGAUAUCUAUGAGAAUCUGUCUAAGGAGUCAAACCACGGAGAAGAGAAUGAUUUGAGUAUCAACUCAUGGGCUACUGAUGCCCAGCUGCAGUGGCAUGGAGAGCCAGAACAUGUACGCCAUGAGCGGCCAUCGAGAGAGGAUUUGGAGUCUUUUGAAACAGCGUACAACGCCGCUUGCUUGAACAUUGCCAAGGGACAAUUUGCUCAAGGAGAAGUGCUCUUGAAUCGGGCGAAGAAUAUCUGCCAAACGUCAGAAGAACUUUCCCCUGAAGAUAGAGUUGCAGAGUUGCUUCCGAUCGCGGUGCAAUACCUCUAUGUCUUGAUUCGGCAAGGCAAGACAGAGGAGGCCGAGUCUCUUCUUAAAGAAAUAUCGGUGGAGGACAUUCCUGAACUCUCCACAAAGAAAAUUGCUCGAAACAACAUCGUCCUCGCCCGCAAGACUGCAGUCAACCCGUACUUGUUGUAUAAGGCACUCCAUGAAACCCCCGAUGCUACGAACAACGACCGUUUGUUCGCUUUCCAGGACAAUACUUUGACCGGCAACUCACACGCAACGAAUCUUCUCGUCCAAAAAUACGAUGGUAUGAUUCGAUCAACAGCCAAGGGCAUCUCAAAAAGCCCUUGCCCCUCCACCGAAGCUAGCACAAACCUUCUCUCCGUCUACAACGCCGCAGCCCAUGCACAGGGAGAGACCGGCUCUAAGGGCCUGAAGCAAAUUCUCCCUUUGCUGGAACGCCGACCUAAGGACCUGGGUCUUCUUUUGACUGUCGUCCAGUUGUACGUCAAUGCUGGCAACACCACCUCCGCCAUCACAGCCGUCGAGCGUUCACUUAAGAGCCUGGAAGAAUCCAUCUCCGAGGCCGAUCAAGAUGCCCGCUUCAACCCCGGUCUCCUCAGUAUGCUCGUAUCUCUGUACCAGCUUGAGGGCCGAAAGCUCCAGAUUCGCUCACUUCUCGCACAAGCCGCCGCUCACUGGCGCAACAAGCCCGAGGCUCCUACCUCUCUCCUACGUGCUGCAGCAAAGUCCCUUCUCCACUCCGACAGUCCAGCCGAUCUGGCCACAGCAGGUGAUCUGUUCAAGUCUCUAUACCAACAAGAUUCGAACGACCGUGCUGCCAUUGCUGGAUACGUCGCCUCAAAGGCCACCUCGGACUACUCCCAAGUGGAAUCGCAGCUUAACCAACUGCCAGCCGUCAAUGAUUUAAUCGCUGAGAUUGACAUCUCUGCCCUGGAGUCAGCCGGUAUUGCUCCUUCGGCCACAUCUGCCGCUGCCGCGGCUGCAUUCGCUGGGGCCCGUAAGCGCACCGCGACAGGCAAGGAGGACCGUGCCACAAAGCGGGUACGCAAAUCUCGUCUACCCAAGGACUUUGACCCUGCGAAGAAGGCCGAUCCGGAACGCUGGUUGCCGCUGCGUGACCGAUCCUCAUACAGACCCAAGGGCCGGAAGGGGAAGCAGCGUGCCGCGGAACGUACACAGGGUGGUGUUGUGUCUGAGAAGCUCGGCGAGCCUGCUUCGCAGCAGCAGAGUGCUCCCGUAGUAGUAGGUGGUAACAAGAAUAAGAAGAAGAAGGGGAAGCGUUAG